GCGGCUGCAGCACAGUCCUUGUUGCGCGCCUCCCGCGAUUUGCCGUCGAAGAGCGAUUGGCGUGUCCAAAUCCGAUCGUCUCGAAUCGAUCCAUUUUUUUCGGCUUUUGAUUACGCCUCAACGCAAGCACGCAUACUCAGUAAAGCCCGUGUCAAGGAACAACAACUAUGAGCUUCCUCUAUCAGGGUUUGAUCCCACACACCACCCCUCGUCUGCUUCCGGCUAGUAGGUCGCGAAAAUUGACGCCCAAGCGGUUUGAUUCUGUCACUUUCCAUGAUCGCACUUCAGAAAGACGACUGUCAGUUGCCAUGUCCCGACCCCAUGCUGGCGGCCCUGUUGUGCCCCGUCAGGAUGCUGCUGAUCCGUUCGGCCUGCUGCUUCGCGAGCGAAUCGUUUUUCUUGGGAACCAAGUUGACGAUUUCACUGCAGAUGCUGUAAUCAGUCAGUUGCUCUUACUCGAUGCUCAAGAUCCGAAAAAGGACAUCAAACUUUUCAUAAAUUCCCCCGGGGGAUCAGUCACUGCUGGUAUGGGAAUUUAUGAUGCGAUGCAAAUGUGUCGGGCUGAUGUAAGCACGGUCUGCAUGGGACUUGCAGCUUCCAUGGGCGCAUUUCUCCUCACGUCCGGCGCACGAGGGAAACGACUAUCCAUGCCAAAUGCCCGGAUAAUGAUUCACCAGCCCCUGGGUGGAGCAUCAGGCCAAGCUGUUGAUAUUGAAAUUCAGGCAAAGGAAAUCAUGUAUCAUAAAGCAAAUCUCAAUCGCUUGAUGGCAUUUCACACCGGUCAAGACGUGAAGCAGAUCGAUGAGGAUACUGAUAGAGAUAGGUACAUGUCCCCAUUAGAGGCGAAGAACUAUGGAAUAAUUGACGAGAUUAUCGGAGGGGAUGACGCUGGUCUCAAAAUUGAAGGAGAACCGCAGCAGUACCUUAAAACUAAGGCUUCAUACAUAUCGUGGGGAGAUGAAAUCGAUACCUUACAAUAGACCAAAAGUGGGAGAUGUAUCUCAGUGAGAACUUUUAUUCUUUCUCACGUGAGGCUAGUUUGAUUUUACUGCGGCAUUAACUUUUACUUGUAUGGGCGUUGUUUCACUUUGUACCGCAACGAGCCUUUAAAUGAGGAAGAAAAAUAUCACAAAGUUCAAAAAC